UUGGUUUGCCUCAUUCUACUCCUGUACUCCAUCUUAAACCAGAAAGGUCUCGAUACUGAAUCGAACCACCUAAAAGACCUGAAAGUAUAGCGAUAUUGUAGCAUUCAGCCGUUCACCAACCAUCGAAGCAAGCACAGCCCACUACGUAUCAUGGCCAUUAAUCCUCGUAAGACUCUGAUGCUUAUUUGCGAUGUGCAAGAGCGCUUCAGGUCCGCCAUCUACGGCUUUGAUGCUAUGACCUCCUCUAUCUGCAAGUUGGUCAAAGCUACUCGGGUACUGGAGGUUCCAACCUUUGUGACAGAGCAAAAUCCCAAGGCUCUUGGGUCAACCGUAGAGGAAAUUACGUCGCUUUUAGACAGGAAGGACCUCAACCAAGGAGUUAUUGCCAAGACCAAAUUUUCCAUGGUGACUGAAGACACCAUAGAAGCAAUCGAUUUCAGCAAGUACAACUGCUUCAUACUCACAGGGAUCGAGUCACAUAUCUGUGUGCUGCAGACCGCCUUAGAUCUAUUGCAAUACCGAACCAAACCAAAAGUGUAUCUCGCAGCUGAUGCUGUGUCGUCAUGUAACAAAGAAGAGGUGCCCAUAGCCCUUCGAUACUUGCAACAACAAGGAGUGGAAGUGACUUCAAGUGAAUCGCUUAUCUACAGAUUACUCGGAGACGCUAAAGAGCCCACUUUCAAGUAUAUUGCAAAAUUAACGAAGGAAGAAAAGGAAAACACGACGCAUAAUCUCCAAGUUCUACAACCUUUUUAGACAGUAUAGGCGGCUUUGGAAUCAAUAGGUCUUCCAUCCCGGUACUCGUUCCCGAAAGUUCAUCGUGGUGCCGCUUGGCUUUCCAAAACAAUACAAGCAGAUGUAAGGCCUCCCGUUGAGUGCCUUUUGAAUCCAAAGGGGCUUUUGGACAAGAAAGAGUGCAAAAAUUCACCAAAGACAGUCUUGCGAGGUAAAGCUUGAUAGCGAAAGGCAAGACGAAAUAUGAAUGUAGAGAAAGAAACAUUUAUAUUCAUGCGUCUUCGUAAGAUAUGCUAUAAUUCAUGCUACAAACCUUUUUCGGAGCUGGUUGAGAUGCUUAGAGCUCGUCAUGCCCCAUUUGCUUCUUCAUAUCAGCCCAGUCUAACCAUUCAUCAGCUCCACCCAUGGCUUCUUGGGCCAUCCCAUUGUCGUAAUCAAAGUCGUCAGAAGGAACGCCAUCUUCGUCAAGAGGGCCCAUGGCAGUUGGAGGGGCAGGUCGGACAUCAACUUGAGGCUGUGCAGAAAGGGAUACACCAAGGCUCUUCCGGAGGAGGGCUUCUACGCGCUCAAAGUAGCUAUAUAUUGAACAAGGCGAUGAGCGUCGCCUUAGAGCAAUCCAGGUGUAGCAGACUCACCUAGUGGGGUCAGCAACACUGAAGCCACUCCUGACCAGGGUGGUGUCCAACAACACCCUGACAGUUUCAGUCAAUUCCUCUUCUUCGUCGCUCUUCUUCAACGCAUCCUCGUCCUCCUCAUCUGUCGUAGGCAACUCUAAAACCUUUUCCAAGAGGCCUUCAAUGAGAGGUGAUUUCGGGUUGAUCUCGAGCACCUUGGGUAAGUUCUUCAUAACUUGGAACAUAGGGUCGUCAUGAGCCUCAGCCUGAGCCGCCAUAAUUCGCUGCAUGUUGGCAGACCAGCCCAUAUGGUCGACGACGACGGUACAGGGUGAGGUGACUAGCCGGUUGGUGAGGACAACUUUGAAACUAUCCUUCUUCAACCAAUCGACAAGGGGUUUAAAAGCAAUUUUUUGGGCCUCCAAUUCCUUCUUCUCGGCCUCGUGUUCAUUCUCAUCACCAUACUUCAGGCCUUUCUUUGAAACAUCUUGAGUCCUCAUUCCCCUGCGAAAAGUAUAAGCUUGAAAUUCACCUAGUCAACAAGAUCACUGACAUGAAGUUGCCCAAAGCACCCAUCAUAGGCUCAUCGGAAGGGAGGUUCAAGAGCAGGACCUCGUACCCUCGAGCAAUGAGCUUCUCGACGAAUGGCGAUCGCUUCAAAUCAUCAAUCUUCUCCCCGACACCCGCCAUAUAGUAGAUCUAACCUUUGAGUCAGACUGUGUUCAAGUUGAAGUUUGAGGACUCUCACCUGAGUCUGGCCCUCUUUCCUAUUCUCCACAUACUCCUCCAAGCUCGUGUAGUUGGUCCUGGUGCUCUCAAAUCUCAAGAGUUUGGCAAGCUUGACAUGGUCCUUUUUACUCUCCAGUACUCCCAAGCGCAAGGCGUUUCCAUAAAGCUGAGAGAUUUCUUCGUACUUCUUGGGCUGUUCGGUGGCGAUGCGGGUGAAGAGGUCGAUAGCCUUUCGGACGAGGAUUCGCUGAAGUUGCGAGAGGAAACGAGUGUUCUGAAGGGUUUCUCGGGAUACAUUGAGGCUAUCAAGGAAUUAGUACAGUAAUGAGUAAGCUAUGUAUAGGGCUCACGGAAGAUCAUCAGCUACAAGAUAUAAUGUCAGUAAAUUACGAGACCUCAUCAAAGCAGCCAGGACUUACCAUCCACGACCACCUUCAAGAAGCUCAGCCAUCUUGGCAUGAAUUCUUCACCCAAGUCAUCUGUAAUGAAGACCCUCUUUACCAUCAACCUAACGUUAUUGAUGCCACUAGUAAUCUUCUGCCAAAAGUCCUUGGGAAGCUGGGAUGGGAUGUACAUUAUGGCGCGGAAUGAGACACCAUCGCCAGUAUCACCCUUGAAAUGAGACCAACCCAAAGUCUCAGCUUGAGGGUCUUUGGCGAGAGCCGUGAAGAAGUCCCGGUAUUCGGUCUCCUCAACUUCCUUGGGCUCCCUGCAUAGGCAUCAGCUUCAGAAGCAGACAGAUAUGGAAAUUUUGGGAGUAAACUUGCCUCAUCCAAAUAGGAGGCUUAUCAUUGACGCGGACCCAUUGCUCUUCUGUAACAGUCUCGAACUUUUGCUCGUUCUCGUCAACGAUCGCAUCUUCGUCGUCAAAUUCAUCUUCAGAUUCGAUAGGAACCUGGGAUGUUUUCUUUUCCUUGAUAUAAAUGGGGAAAGUAGUGGAAAAGGCAGAGUGCUUCUCACUAUAGCAAGUCAGUCCGGUACUGAAGUGAUGCAAAGUGAUUUCAACUCACAUCAAACCUUUGAGCUUGGUAACAGACAACCACUCCUUCUCUUCCUCCUCAAUUGUGAGCACAAUCUCGGUGCCCCGACCCAAAGUGUUUCCACGAGGGUCUGGGAAAAUCUCAAAUGAAUCCCCGGAGGAAGAUGAGACAAAAGUGUGUUGGACGGGAUUGGGGUUCUCUUUGGUCGCAGGAGGAAGAGAAGAGACGCGGACUGUGGAAGAGACAAGGAAACAGCUGUAGAAACCAAGACCUAUUGGGAGAUCAGCCAUAAACAGUGCAAAUAUGCAAGCGAGACCAACCGAACUGUCCGAUCAAAUUCCCAUCUACACCCCCAGCAUCAGCUCGCUUCAAAAACUCGCUCGUUCCACUUCUUGCAAUUGUUCCCAAGUUCUUCUCCAGUUCAUGUUCAGUCAUACCGAUACCGGUAUCUUUGAUGAUAAUUUGUCCAGUCUUGCCGGCACUUCCUUCGUCCAAUACUACUUCAAUAGUGAUGUUUCCUUCACCCGCAGACAUGACAGAUCGAUCGGUGAGUGCAGUAAGUCGAAGUUUCUCGAGGGCAUCGUUGGCGUUUGAAAGAAGUUCCCGAAGGAAGACAUCUUUGUGGGAGUAGAGAGAAUGGAUAACUAGAGAUCUCAGACGAGUAAUAUCAGACUAAUAUAGAGCAGCCACUCAG